UUGGGCCCAUUUCAUUAAAAGAAAGAAAUUCAGCGCCGCUACUUCGAAAACCCUAGAAAAUUUAAACCAAUUUCUGGUCAAAAUGUCCCUAUUUUCUGCGUGAAUAAGUUCGUUGGGUGAAGAUUUGGAUUGUACAAGUUCUGUUCCGCCUUUUAAAGUAAGAUUUUGCUGCUUAUUACUUAUUUAUUUUCAGUUAAGGUUUAAAUUUUUUUUUAUAUUGUGCGAGAUUUGAUAUAUGUUGUCAUUUUUGCUGAGCUUCCAUGUGUUAUAUAUUUUUUAGUCAAUUUUUUUGUUGCUGUUACUCCAUUACACUAUAUGAAGUGUCACAAGUUAAGGUUUUUUUAAUUUUUUUUUCAAGUUGGAAUAUUUUGUUGAUUGUUGUGUCAAGUUGGAAUCUUUUGUUGGUCAGACCACUUUAUUAGCUUUUUCCUCUUCAUUCGUUUUUUUUUCCUGUUUUUGUAUUGUGUAUAUGUGUAUCUGUUGGGUGUAAUUAUGAAUGUUAGGUGUUGUUUUUUUUUUUUUUUUUUAAUGCACAACUCAAUAUUUGUUUGUUUUUGCUACUUUAUUCAAUGCUUUUGUCUGUGUAUGCUGUUUUUUAAAGCAUGUGGUCCCUCUUCCCUUAUCCUUGUCUUCACAUAAAUAUUGGUAGAUUCCCUAUUUCCUAUUCAGCUUUCUAUUUCCCUUUCUUUAAUGUUUCUAAUGGGUCCCUUUUCCAUUAUUUUAUGUUUGCCAUGUGCUUUUCUUGAAGGAUAUUUGACAAGGUUGAUUUAGUAUUUAAUUAUGGAGGCAAGUGGGUCCUGCAUCCUCAAGUUGUCUACAUAAAAAAACAGAUCCAUGUGUGGGAGGGAUAUGAUCCAGACUUGUUGUCUUACAUAGAUAUAUGUAAUGAAUACACUGAAAAAUUAGGUUUUAGAGUGGUAAAACAGCUGCUGGUCACAGGGCCCUCUGGGAGAUAUUUUUUGGUUGAGAGUGAUGCAGGCAUUAGAACACUUCAAUCUUCUCUGUCUAGUGAGUUUUGUGUGCUGCAAUUCUUUGCUGUAGAUGAAAGUGAAGAUAAUGUUUCAGCUCCCAACAUCAUUUAUCAUAAAGAACCAUGCUUUGUAUCAGUAGAUGUAGGAACUGAUUGUGAGUCGGGUGAGGAAGAGGAUGAUGAUAAUGAACCAGUUCCUAGUGACUAUGACAGUGAAGAAUUGGAACUUUUUAGAAAGGAAAAGAAUAGGGAAGUGAAUGAGAAACUAGACAGGUUUUUAGUGUUGGAAAAGGGUAUGAGCUUUAAGGAUCUUGAUGAAGCUAAAAGAGUUGUGAGCUAUUACGCAGUUUCUAAUAAGAAAGGACUUAAAGUUGAUCAUAGUGACAGUCAUAGAGUUAGAUAUAAGUGUGAUAGUGGCUGUCCUUUUGUGUGUUUGAUUUCUGAAGAUAACAAAAAUCAGGGAUAUAAGAUUAAGACCUUGCAUUUAGAACAUAAUUGUCAGCCAGCAUUUAAGAAUAGAAGAGCUACUCAACAAGCUUUAGCACAUUACUUCAAAAACAAAGUGCAGAAUAAUCCUAAGUACAAGGUGAAAGAUAUGAGACAAGAUUUGGAUGAUCAAUUUUCACUUAAUAUUAGUGCUUCAAAGAUGAAAAGGGUUAAGAGGCUUAUUUUAGAGAAAUUGGAGGGUAGCUACCUUGAUGAUUUCAAUAGGUUGGAAGCUUAUGCUCAAGAAUUGAGGGAUAGAAAUCCUAGUACUGAUGUGGUGAUAAAUAUAUCUAAAGAGGCUCUUGAACUAGGUAAAAGAAGAUUUCUGAGAACGUAUGUGUGCUUCCAAGCUUUGAAAAGUGGUUGGAGAGGAGGUUUGAGGCCAUUUAUAGGGCUGGAUGUCAUAUUUUUGAAAGGGAAGUGUAGGGGAAUUUUAUUGGUUGCCCUUGGUCAAGAUUCACAAAAGCAUUUUUAUCCUCUAGCUUGGGCAGUAGUGGAUAGAGAAACAUCCAGAACUUGGAAAUGGUUCAUUCAGUUGUUGAGAAAUUCUUUAGAGCUGGCAGAUGGUGAAGGAUUGACACUAAUGUCUGAUAUGCAAAAGGGAUUGAUUGAUGCUGUUACUCAUGUGCUUCCCAAAGCACACCACAGAUGGUGUGUAAGGCACAUUGAAGCCAAUUGGAGCAAGAUGUGGAGGGGUAUAGAAAUGAAGAAGUUAAUGUGGUGAUCUGCUUGAAGCACAUAUGAAGAAGAAUUCCAUGAUCAAUUGAAUUCCAUGGGUGUUGUGUCCGAAAAAGCUGUCAAAGAUCUAUUGUGGUACCCAGCAGAUCACUGGUGCAGGGCCUAUUUUGACACGGUCUGCAAGAACUUCUCAGUUGAAAACAAUUUUACUGAGUCUUUCAACAAAUGGAUUCUAGAAGCAAGGAACAAACCAAUAAUCAAGAUGUUGGAAGAUAUUAGAAUAAAGGUAUACCUCUUUGAAUAUAAAGGCUUUGUUAAUCUUUAUGCUAUUUCUUGAUUCUAGGCAGUUCUACUAAAGGUAUCAUUGUAAUAGUUCAGUCACUGGUCAGCUUCUAAGCAUCUGGUUCUUUCCUUUUUUUUUUUU